UUCACUUCCCCUGGUGGCUCAGUGGUAAAGAACACCCCAGCUUUUGCAAAAUUUUAAAAAUUUCUCCCCUCCUUAUACUCAUCGAGUGUAGUAAAUGAAUGAUGAACAAUCUGAAUUCCCUAACUAUGUGAGGAUUUUUUUUUUUCAGAAAUUCAGGAAAAACUUGUGACUAUUUUCUCUUACUGAUAUUUAUAAUUAAACUAGAGGAGCUCUACCAAAACAACAUAUUUUCCACACCAGCCUAUGUGCUAUACUGCAAGAGCUUUAGGGAGAAAGCAGCUCCUUCAGGUGGGCUGACUUGGGUCAUGUGAUUUUCCUACUGGUCUGCACUGGGGACUUAGGCCCUACUAAAGGCAAGACAGAAAAUAGGCCUGUAGACUCUUAGGUGGUCCGGGGGUCCUCUGACCAAUAGAGAUGUUCCAUUUUGGAUGAUGAGACAAAGAGCCAAGUCAGAUUUCUUAUCUUGGGUAAGUAGCCACACAAUGAGGCCCAGCUCUGCCCUUAAGACACUGAGAAAGGCAGAAAGUAGGAAGAAAUAGAAGCAAAGGCAGCAGUAAAGAGAAGCUAGGAGUCCAAAGUGAAGCAGAAAGAGUCAAAGAGAAGCUGAGUCAUAACUGGAGUAGAGAACAGCCCUUGCCCACUUAGGCGGGUACAGCAAGACAAGGUGGGCAUCAGGGCUGCCUCAGGGAGUCCUGGGGAGUCAGUGUUCCAGGUCUUUGUGAAGCCUGGCUGUGAGCUGCUGAGCCUCCUCACUUCCUGGGGGCUCUUCCUCUCUUUUUUCUGUAGUGUCUUUAAAAUAAACCUCCACCACUUGAGGUAAUCCAAAGCUCUCUGUUGGUUGCAAGUUAUAUACGAAGGCAGAAAUACGACACGAAGAAGUUUGAGAUCAGGGGAAGGCGUGAGGGUAGAGUGACUGACUGAGUGUGUGUGUGAGAGAGACAGACAGACAGACAGACAGAGGUAGAAGAAUAUCGGGUCAGAUAUCUCUGAAGCCCAAAGUAAGAGGAGAGGGAGAAAAAAGGAAGGAAAAAAAAGGGAAAUAUUUUUGAAGGGAAUAAAAAAUAAUCACUAGCCAAAGAUAUCAGCACAUAUGGUUCUGAGCCUACUAUUCUUACUGCUAAUUGCAAAUAAAGAUUUAAAGAUUCUAGAAAUUCCAGGUGAGGGCAGAAGGAAUAGUAUACAAACCCUUGGCCACCUGAAGUAGUGAAAAUUUGGGGCUUUGGAGUCAGAUAGACUCAGUUUUAAAUCUUGACUCCAUCUCUUACUGGAGAAUGGCCCUGGGGAAGUUUCUUAUUCUGUCUGGACCAGAUUCACCGUUUUCUAACUUGGCUUGACUUGUUUCUGAAAAUUAACUUUAAACAUAAGUAAAGAAAAAUUCCCCAUUUACUGGGAGCGUAAAAUGUUUAAAAAUGCUGGGCUCUGGGAAAGGGAAGAAUAUGUCUUUGGACACAAAAAAUGAAAGUGUUUAUUUUACUUUAUUUUAUGAGAGGGCUCUAUAGAAUAUGUGUACUGGAGAUGGAUGGUACUAAUGAUUGAACAGCUAUGUGAAGGUAUCAUACUUAAUGCCACUGAACUGUAUACUUAAAAUGGCUGAACUGGCAAAUUUUACUUAAUGUGUGUGUUAGUCGAUCAGUCAUGUCCAAGUUGACCCCAUGGACAGUAGCCCACCUGGCUCCUUUGUCCAUGGAAUUCUCCAGGCAAGAAUACUGGAGUGGGUAGCAGUCAGAUUCUUUACCAUCUGAGCUACCAGUAUUGCACUGCAAUUCUUUAAAAAAUAACCUAAGAUUGUAUGAACUCAUGCAACAUGUAAUGCCACCGGCAUGCAGUAGAGGGCAAAGGAGGGUACGCGUCACAGAAAAAGCUUGAUUCAGCCACUUCUGCAGCCAGUUCUGGUCCUCUGCAUGAAUCUUCUAUACCUGAAGCUCUGUGGAGCCGCUGCAAGCCUGAGGGAUUUGAAUUCAUCUUCCUCAUCCAUGUGAGGUAAUGUGUGAUAAAAUUCAUCUGAGGUGAACCAGUGAUAAAAUCCUUGGAAUUACAAUGAGACAUAUCAGAAGCAUUUACAUAUUUUGUAGUAUUGUUACGUCUGUGCAUAGCGGGGCUUCAGAGCUGCCAGAAGAAAGGGAAUUGACUACCAACUUCUCCGGCAUGUCUUUAAGAAAGGUUCCUGAAGGCUUGACCCCAAUUACAACCACAUUGGAUUUGUCUUAUAAUCUCCUUUUUCAACUCCAGCAUUCAGAUUUUCGUUCUCUCUCUAAACUUAAAGUUUUGAUUCUAUGCCACAACAGAAUCCAAGAGCUGGAUAUCAAGACCUUUGAAUUCAACAAGGAGUUAAGAUACUUAGAUGUGUCUAACAACAGACUGAAGAGUGUAACCUGGUUCUCACUGGCAGGUCUCAGACAUUUAGAUCUGUCCUUCAAUGACUUUGACACUCUGCCUAUCAGCAUAGAGACUGGCAACAUGUCACACCUGGAAACCCUAGGUUUGAGUGGGGCAAAAAUACAAAAAUCAGAUUUUCAGAAAAUUGCUCGUUUGCAGCUAAAUACCAUCUUCUUAGGAUUGAGAACUCUAUCUCAUUAUGAAGAAGGUAGCCUGCCCAUCUUAAACACAACAAAACUUCACAUUGUGUUACCAGUGAACACAAAUUUCUGGGUUCUUUUGCAUGAUGGAAUCAAAACUUCAAAAAUAUUAGAAGUCACUAAUAUAGAUUUGCAAAAGAGCCAGUUUACGAGUUAUGAAUCUCAACAAAAUCCUAUUUUGGAGAAUGCCAAGACAUCCAUUCUGUUACUUAAUAAAGUUGACUUAUCCUGGGACGAUCUUUUCCUCAUCUUCCAAUUGGUUUGGCAUACAUCAAUAGAGUACUUCCAGAUUCAACAUGUGACCUUUGGAGGUAAGGUUUAUCUUGACCACAAUUCAUUUGACUACUCAAAUACUGUAAUGAGAACUAUAAAACUGGAACAUGUACAUUUUAGAAUUUUUAAUAUCCCCCAGGAGAGCGUCUACUUGCUUUUUACCAAAAUGGAUAUAGAAAACCUGACAAUAUCAGAUGCACAAAUGCCUCACAUGCUGUUCCCUAUGUACCCUACAAGAUUUCAAUAUUUAAAUUUCGCUAAUAAUAUCCUAACAGAUGAUGUGUUUAAAAAAUCUAUCCAAUUGCCUCAUUUGAAAACUCUCAUCUUGAGGGACAAUAAAUUGGAGACACUUUCCUUAGUGAGUUACUUUGCCAGCAACACAUCCCUGAGGCACUUAGAUCUGAGUGAAAAUCUGUUACAACAUGAAAAUGAUGAAAAUUGCUUGUGGCCAGAAACCUUGGUCACCAUGAACUUGUCGUUCAACAAAUUUGCUGAUUCUGUUUUCAGGUGCUUGCCUAGAAACAUUCAAAUACUGGACCUGAAUAGUAACAAAAUUCAAACUGUCCCUAAAGCGAUUACUCACCUGACAUCUUUGCGAGAGUUAAAUCUUGCAUUUAAUUUUCUAACUGAUCUUCCUGGGUGCAGUCAUUUCAGAAGACUCUUAGUUCUGAACGUUGAAAUGAACUUAAUUCUCAGCUCAUCUCUGGAUUUUUUCCAGAGCUGCCAGGAAGUUAAAACUCUAAAUGCAGGAAGAAAUCCAUUCCAGUGUACUUGUGAAUUAAGAGAUUUCAUUCAGCUUGGAAAAACCUCAGAAGGCAUGAUGGUUGGAUGGUCAGAUUCAUACAUCUGUGAAUACCCUUUGAAUCUAAAGGGGACUCAGUUAAAGGAUGUUCAUCUUCCAGAAAUAUCUUGCAACACAGGUUUGCUGAUUGUCACCAUUGUGGUUAUCAUGCUCGUUCUGGGGAUGGCUGUGGCCUUCUGCUGCGUCCACUUUGAUUUGCCCUGGUAUCUCAGGAUGCUACAUCAAUGGACUCAGACAUGGCUCAGGGUUAGGAAGACAACUCAGGAACAACUCAAAAGAAGUGUCCAAUUCCAUGUGUUUAUUUCAUACAGUGAACACGAUUCUGCCUGGGUGAAGUAUGAAUUGAUUCCCAGCCUAGAGAAAGAAGAUGGUUCUGUUCUGAUUUGCCUUCAUGAGGGAAACUCUGACCCUGGCAAGAGCAUGACUGAAGAUACCAUUAACUGCAUUGAGAAAAGUUACAAGUCCAUCUUUGUUUUGUCUCCCAGCUUUGUCCAGACUGAAUGGUGCCAUUAUGAACCUUACUUUGCCCACCUCAAUCUCUUCCAUGAAAGUCUUGAUUACAUAAUUCUUAUCUUACUGGAACCCAUUCCACUCUACUGCAUCCCUACCAGAUAUCCUGAGCUGAAAGCUCUCAUGGAAAAGAAAGCAUACUUGGAAUGGCCCAGGGAUAGGCGGAAAUGUAGCCUUUUUUGGGCAAACCUUCGAGCUGCUCUUCAUGUUAAUUUAUUAGACACCAGCGGGACAUGUGAACUACAGACAUUCACAGAAUUGAAUGAAGGGCUUCGAGGUUCUGCAAUCUCUCUGAUCAGAACAGACUGCCUGUAGAGCCCCACCCACUCCUAGGGAGAUUGGGACCCACAUAUACUGUUAGGAUACAAAUUGAUACAACCUUUAUGAUGGCAAUUUGGCAAUAUCUAUUAAAAUGAAAAACUAUCAUUUCUUCAUGUCAGUUCUUUGAAAGAGUUCUAAGAAUGUAUCCUAUAGAAACACAUUUUGCAAAGAUUUAUGUAAAAAUGGUGUUCAUCCUGGCAUCGUUUAUAAUCCUAAAAAAUUGAAAACAGCUCAAAUGCCCACAAAGUAAGGAUUGACCUACUAAAUCACAGUACAUUAACACAACAGAAUAUUAACAUAGCCAUUAAAACUGAGGUUGCUGUGUAUCUAUUAACUGGUAUGGAGGAAAUUGUAUUUUGGUUUAUACAUUGAAAUAAGAGUCUAAAGGAACCUAGACCAGCACAUUGGUAUAGUAACAGGGUGUUUGGCUCUGGAAGUUUGGAUUACAGCAGUUGGUUUCUAUGUUGUAUAUUUCUAUAAUGUUGGAGUUGCUUAGAAUGAAUCUAUAUUUCUUUUGCAAGCUGAGAAAACAAUAAAGAUAUUAUUUUAUAUAUAAA